CACCCCAUAGGUCAAAGGUUGAAUUUUUAUCCGCCGCUGAUGGUGCUGCUGGGCGAGGAGGCGCUGGAUGCGCGUGCGCCGGCGCUGGAUCUGCUCCGUCUGGCUCCGGCGACCUUACCCCGUGGCUCCGGGACAGGAAGGCUACCCCGACGACAUACAGCGAGGAGGAUGAAGACACCCAGCCAUGGAUUUUUAGCAGCACUCACUCAAGGAAAAAGAGACCUCAACACGCCAAUGGAUGCAGCCAGCCUCCAACUCACCACGCACCUGCACCAACUUGAUGUAGGGAGAGGAGGAGUGAGGCUUCUCUCACGGGAUGACGCCCAGCCAUGGGGCAGCAACAAUCCAAGAUUGCUGUCAAAAUAAGCCUAAAUUCAGAGUCUUCGGAAGUCAAUUACUUUGAGCCUUUGAGUUAGGAGGUAUACCAGUCUCUUUGUAGUUUGCUCUUAAUAAACUCUUCCCUUGGCCAUGAUGAGAUGUUUAAGUCUUUCCACUUAUCAGUUUUUAGUUCCACUUGAAGCGAUGCAUAUUCGAAUACA